AUGGCGGGACUACUGGGUGUGUCCCAUGGCCGGAACUGGAUAUGGACGCAGAGGAUGCGAGCGGCGUUGCAGCCACGCGAUCCCCAUCGAUCCGUCAUAGUGGUGGCACAACGAUUCGCGUUCUUCUUGACCGUUUUCCUCGGAAUGCUUUUUCGGAUCGUGAUCCUCCUCGAGUUGCGGAGAGCAACAUCUUUGGCCGAUUGUCAUAGUGGUGGCACAACGAUUCGCGUUCUUCUUGACCGUUUUCCUCGGAAUGCUUUUUCGGAUCGUGAUCCUCCUCGAGUUGCGGAGAGCAACAUCUUUGGCCGAUUGUAA